UCUCACACGCAACACUCUCUCCCUCUCUCUCUCAUUGUAUUGAUCGCCGGAACCACCACCACCACCGCCCGAUCAAGCCGCCGGAAUUCCGGCGAUCCUCCUCAGAUGACUCUCCAUUCCGAUCCACUACCACCACUGUCCCUCCUCAAACACGGUACCCUUCCUCUCUUCCCCUUCUUCAAUUUCCAUCUUUGAUCAAACCAAAACAAAUUGAAACCCUUCACUUUCCCCCAAUUGAAUCCAACCCCAAUCUCAAUCUCACCUUUCCCCUAUUCCAUGCAUGCCACCAUUCGGAUCCCCAAUUCUCGAAUCUUCGAAUUUGAUCCCAAAUUCUAGGGUUAGGAAGAAGAAGAACAACAAUGUUCAAGAAAAUCAUCAAGGGAAAUAAAAAGACCCCCAAGUCUGAUUCUCAUGAUCCUUCCCCUUACGGCCCUCCCGGAGGCCGUAAUUCCGGGGCCGUCUCGGCAAACGUGGUUGUGAACCAUGCUUCCCGAGCCGGCCCCACCGCCUCCGGGGCCAACAACUCCGUAGUAGUUGUUGGGCUCAAUCCAGCCCUGCCCCCCUCGGGCUCCAUCGAGCCCCUCCCGUUAUUCAGGGACGUGCCGGUGUCCGAGAGGCAGACAUUGUUCCUCAGGAAAUUACAGGUCUGCUGUUUUCAUUUCGACUUUUCGGACACUCUCAAGUCCCCAAGGGAGAAGGAGAUUAAGCGGCAGACGUUGCUGGAGCUGGUUGAUUUUAUUCAAUCCGGUUCGGGGAAGAUCACCGAGACGUGCCAGGAGGAAAUGAUAAAGAUGGUUUCGGUGAAUAUAUUCCGGUGCCUGCCCCCGGCGUGCCACGAGAACACGGGGCAGGAGAAUGCCGACCCCGAGGAGGAGGAGCUGUAUUUGGAGCCGUCCUGGCCGCAUUUGCAGUUGGUUUACGAGCUCCUGCUUAGGUACAUUGUGUCGUCUGAUACUGAUACCAAGGUGGCAAAGAAGUACAUUGAUCACUCCUUUGUGUUGAAGCUACUAGACUUGUUUGAUUCCGAGGAUCCUCGCGAGAGGGAGUAUUUGAAGAACAUUCUUCACCGCAUUUAUGGGAAGUUUAUGGUGCACCGCCCCUUCAUUAGGAAGGCCAUUAAUAAUAUAUUCUAUCGGUUUAUAUAUGAGACGGAGAGGCACAGUGGGGUUGCUGAGCUGUUGGAGAUUCUUGGGAGUAUAAUUAAUGGGUUUGCGCUUCCGAUGAAAGAGGAGCAUAAGCUGUUUCUUGUUCGGGCACUUAUUCCGCUGCAUAAGCCUAAGCCGAUUGCAGUGUAUCACCAGCAGCUGUCCUAUUGCAUAACUCAGUUUGUUGAAAAGGAUUACAAGCUGGCCGAUACUGUUAUACGGGGUUUGUUGAAAUACUGGCCGGUGACCAACUGCCAGAAGGAAGUUCUUUUCCUUGGAGAACUUGAAGAAGUUCUGGAGGCAACACAAGCUGCAGAAUUUCAACGAUGCAUGGUUCCUCUUUUCAGGCAGAUUGCCCGCUGCCUCAACAGUUCUCAUUUCCAGGUUGCAGAACGAGCACUCUUCUUGUGGAACAAUGAGCACAUCGUGAGUUUAAUUGCUCAAAACCGGAAUGUUAUAUUGCCAAUUAUAUUUGAGGCAUUGGAGAACAAUAUUUCAACUCAUUGGAACCAAGCAGUUCAUGGGCUCACCGUCAAUGUUCGGAAAAUGUUUAUGGAAAUGGAUGCCGAGCUAUUUGAGGAGUGCCAAAGGCAGCAUGCAGAGAGAGAGGCAAGGACCAAGGAGGUGGAAGAACAGCGGGAAAUGACAUGGAAAAAACUGGCAGAUGCAGCCGGAGAGGAUAUGAUUACAGCCUAAAUGAUCAGCAAGGGUUUCCAUGUACCCGGCCGGCACUGGAAAGUAAAUGGAAGGAAGAUGACAACAAGUCUGCUCCACCUCUCAUUUUGGUGGUAUUCUUUUUUCUUUUUCUCCUUUUUGAUAUUUUUUCUUGCGUUUUAAUUUUUUGAUCUCGAUUCCAGUCGUUGAUGAUAGCAGAAGAAGCGGUGAUAAAUGUAAUUUAAGCUGUAUGGAAUUUGUUAGCAACAUGCUGCAGAUUAAGAAUGAUUUGUGAAAUAUAUUCUGUAUUCCCCUUCA